AUGAACAAUGAAGUACAGAGCACUGGCAAUCGAAACUUUAUCACAUUAAUGGUAUCUCCAAUACGGUUGGACAAGGAUGGCGUCGCUGUCAGGGCCUUAGAAUCGUUGCUAGCUCAUUGUGAAAGUGACAGGAACUUAAAGCAGGAUAAGAAUGUUCAUAUGAUUCUGUACAUGGGCAAAAAGAUGGGCAUACAGAAGGAUUAUGUACCGCGAAUAAUCCCAUUGAGAUCAUGCAAGCUUAAUAAGCCAAAGGAUCUACGGAUCCUGUUAAUUACCAAAGAUCCAAGCAACAAAUAUCGCGCAGCAUUAACUGCUGACAGUGCUACAUCAGAUCUUUUCAAAGAAAUCAUUAGCAUCAAGAACCUGAAGCGUCGAUUUAGAGGCGCUAAGAUGAGUCAUAUAUAUAAGGAAUUUGACCUAAUUGUGGCAGAUUUUCGGGUUCAUCACCUACUUGGUGAUAUCCUUGGAAAUAGAUUUUACCAUGGGAAUAAGAAACUGCCUUUCGUUAUUCGCUUCUCCCGAAUGGUUCCCGCAAAAGGUCAGAAAAUGCCCGACGAGUGUGAUCCCUCCUAUGUUAGGGCUCAGCUGAGGAGCAUCUGCAAGAAUACCUCCUAUGUUCCCAACAACGACAACUGCCUCAGCGUCAAGAUUGGUAUAAUUGGCAAGACAUCGGUAGCCGAAAUGAUAGAAAAUGCCCACGACGUGAUGGAAUUUCUAACUGAUAAGAACAAAAGGCCGCAAGGUGGUGUCAUAAAAGGUGGCAUCACUUCGGUUUUCGUCAAGACAAGCAAUAGUCCUUCUCUGUCCAUCUACGAGAAGGCUCGCGAGACUACCGAUGAGCCUCGCGAUGAACCGCUAAGACUUUGA